AUGCGCCAUCACGUGUGCCAUCUGCCCAACGGGCUGAGCUUCACAGUCUCCCCCGUCUUCGGUGGCUUCACCUUCAAAUCCAACGAUGUCAACUCCAGCCAGUCCAUCGUGCCUCCUGGCUGGAGCAUCGUUCUCGCAACCAACCGUCCCGACCCCGACACCACAGACACCAACGAUGAAGAGCGUGGUCGAGCUCGCGGGACUGGCGAUGAUGAGCAACGUGCCCGCCUUACUCGUUUCACCACCCCCACCCUGCGCGAUGACUCCCUCUACAUCUCCUACAUUGUCGACCCACCCAGCAGUGACUACAAGCCGGUCAGCUCCCCCACUCGCCAGAUCGCCAUGAUGCUCUGGGUCACGCUGUGGUGGUACUUCCACGAACCCCAGCCCGACCGUCGUCUGCAGACUGACGCCUCCGCCAAUACCCCGCCUUCUGGCCAGCCCAGAGGCGACUGGCGCGUUAACAUCAAGCGCGAAGGCUUCUUCAAGGGUCGCACGCUGCUACAGAAACUCGAGCGCAUGGGCCUCAUUGCCUCCGAGGACUCGUCCGUCGGCGCUGAGCCCUAUGACCCGCAAUCCUGGGCCAACAUGUUCGUCAGCCGUCGCAGCUUCUGGCAGAUCGACCCCCGGCUGUUCGUCUUCACCAUGAGCCCGCAGGCCAUCCCCCAGUCGGUGUCCGGCUCCCCGUUUGUCCAGCGCGUGGCCUCGCCCUCGCGCGAGAGCUUCAACCUCGCCCACACAGCCGGCCAAGAGGUCGCACACUACGUCCCCAACGAAGGUCCCUUUGCCUCUACCAGCCAUCUGCCCACAUACUUCCCUCCACCUCCUACCCAAUACACCUUCACCAACGGCAUCCGACACCCCAUCCGCCCCAAACCCCCGCACCAAGGCGACGUCUUCUACAUCCGUUACAUCCCCAGCGUGCAACAAUACCUCUCCUUCCGCAUCCCCUACAUCCCCCCAUCUCACAAAAACCCCGCCCCACGCCCCAAUAACCCCACACCCAGCCACUCCGCAAGCCACUCCACCAGCAGUCUCGACCAGCCCUUAACCGCAGGGCCGUCGGACCUCGACCUGCUGCACAAAUGGAUGAAUGACCCCCGCGUCAACGCCUCCUGGGGCGAAGCCGGCCCCAUCGAGCAUCAGGAGAAAUUCCUGCGCACUAACCUCAGUAGCAAGCACAGUUUCCCCGUCAUCGGCUGCUGGGACGGCAAGCCAUUCGGCUACUUCGAGCUGUACUGGGUGAAGGAAGACCGGCUGGGGCCGUUAAUUGGCGGAGCCGACAACUACGAUCGAGGCAUUCACCUGUUAAUCGGCGAGCAGGAGUACCGUGGCCCACAUCGGGUGCAGAUCUGGCUGAGUGCAUUGGUGCAUUAUUGCUUUUUGGCGGAUUCGAGAACUCAGACGGUUAUGUUGGAGCCGAGGGUGGAUAAUUUCAAGUUGAUUACGUACCUUCAGGAAGCAGGCUUCUACAAGGAAGGCGAGGUUUCGUUCCCGCAUAAACAGUCGGCUUUGAUGAAGAUCAAGCGGGAUACGUGGGAGUGUCCUGCUAUUUAG